CCCCGGUACCCGCAGCGGCCAUGCAGCUCCUGCCUCUGCUCGCCUGGGCGCUGCUGCCAGGCUGCGGGGCAGUGACGGGGCCCCGCACCGUGCGGGGCGUCCUGGGCGGUUCCCUGUCCGUCACCUGCAAGUACCCGCCGGGCUGGGAGAAUUUCCCGAAAUUCUGGUGCAUACCAAGUACAACGAUUGUUUAUACCUGUGCCUGGGACAUCGUCAUCACCUCGGAGUCGCAGCCCGAGGUGGUGAAGGGCCGCUUCUCCAUCCGGGACAACCGCACACACCGGGCAUUCACGGUGACCGUGGAUGGUCUGUCCAAGGAGGACGCGGGCACCUUCCGCUGUGGGGUGCGAACGGGAACAUUUUCGCGUGACGAGAGCGCUGCUGUGAAGGUGGUUCCCCCCAUAUCAACAGUGACUCCCACGUCGCGGGACUGGGAACAGACUGCGGGAGGAGGUUUCACGCCGAACGUGACAGGAACACGGGGCCCGGACGCACCGCAGGGGAUUCGCGGGGCAUUCCGCUACUUCCCAGUGCUGGCCGGGCUGCAGCUGCUGGCGCUGCUGGCCAUGAGCGCGGCCGUGCUCUGGGUCAGCGUGCGGGGCCGCUGAAGCCGUGCAGGGACCCCACGGCCCGGCCGGCGCCGCUCGGC